UCGACAAACCUCUUUUAAUUAAAAUUUUGUAAUUAAUGCAACUUAAAGCAUCAGUACCAAUCAUAAACUAUUAAGGAGUCCGUUAAAAGGCCGUCGUCGUUUCGGAGAGAGAGAGAGAGAAAAAAAAAAAGAAAAGAAAAAAGAAAAAGCAUAAUAAACAAACAGUAGAAAGGAAAAAAUAUCAAAACCAGACUAACCACCACUUGAUUCUUUUCCCUUUUCUGUCUAUAUAUAAAGUAUAAAACAGAGUCUCUCUCUCCGAAUAAUUACAAUCAUAAGAACUCUCUAUCCCUUUCUCUUGGUUCUUAAUUCGACAGCUAUGGCAGAAUCGGUGGAGUUACCAGGUCGUUUAGCGAUCCUUCCUUUUAGAAACAAGGUCUUAUUACCUGGCGCCAUAAUUCGUAUUCGCUGCACUUCUCCUAACAGUGUAAAAUUGGUGGAACAAGAAUUAUGGCAGCGUGAAGAGAAGGGUCUGAUAGGCAUUUUACCUGUUCGUGAUUCAGCUGCUGAGGAAACUACUACUUCUGUGGGUCCACCUCCUGUAUUAUCACAAGGUGUUGGAAAUGAUUCUGGGAAAAUUCAAGUUAAUAACUCUGAUAAUAAUCUCAAACUUGAUGGCAAAAGUCAGCAGGAAGUUAUUCGCUGGCAUAACAGGGGAGUGGCAGCUCGUGCAUUGCAUCUAUCAAGAGGAGUGGAGAAACCUAGUGGGAGAGUGACAUACAUAGUUGUUCUUGAAGGUUUAUGCAGAUUCAGCGUUCAGGAGCUUAGCAAAAGAGGGAUGUACUACACUGCACGCAUAUCUUCCCUUGAGAUGACAAAAGCUGAGAUGGAACAAGUGGAGCAAGAUCCUGAUUUUGUAUCACUGUCUCGCCAGUUUAAAGCAACAGCCAUGGAACUUAUUUCAGUUCUUGAACAGUCAUACAGUGAUGCUGUCAGUAAUGCUUCUCUUCAUCUAUGUUCACAGAAGCAAAAAACUGAUGGAAGGACAAAAGUUUUGUUGGAAACAGUCCCCAUUCACAAGUUGGCAGAUAUUUUUGUUGCUAGCUUUGAGAUGAGUUUUGAAGAGCAGCUAUCUAUGUUAGAUUCAAUUGAUCUGAAAAUAAGGCUUUCAAAAGCUACAGAGCUGGUUGACAGGCAUUUACAGUCAAUACGUGUAGCAGAAAAAAUUUCUCAAAAGGUUGAGGGACAAUUAUCAAAAUCACAGAAAGAGUUUCUUCUGCGCCAGCAGAUGAGAGCUAUAAAAGAGGAGCUUGGUGACAAUGACGAUGAUGAGGAUGAUGUUGCUGCGCUAGAAAGAAAGAUGCAAAGUGCAGGAAUGCCUUCAAAUAUCUGGAAGCAUGCCCAGAGGGAGCUAAGGAGGCUUAAGAAAAUGCAACCUCAGCAACCGGGAUAUAAUAGUUCACGUGUUUACUUGGAGCUUCUUGCCGAUCUUCCCUGGCAAAAGGAUAGUGAAGAACAUGAUUUGGAUUUAAAAGCUGCAAAAGAACGUCUUGACAGUGAUCAUUAUGGCCUAGUCAAAGUCAAGCAACGAAUAAUUGAAUAUCUAGCAGUUCGCAAGCUUAAACCAGAUGCCAGAGGUCCUGUCUUGUGUUUUGUUGGUCCUCCAGGGGUUGGGAAAACAUCUUUGGCAUCAUCUAUUGCUACCGCGCUGGGCAGAAAAUUUGUUCGAUUAUCCCUUGGUGGUGUUAAGGAUGAGGCGGACAUUAGGGGGCAUAGGAGAACAUACAUUGGAAGCAUGCCUGGGCGUCUUAUUGAUGGUCUAAAGAGAGUAGGUGUUUGCAAUCCAGUCAUGCUGUUGGAUGAGAUUGACAAGACUGGUUCUGAUGUGCGUGGAGAUCCAGCUUCAGCUCUGCUAGAGGUUCUUGACCCUGAACAGAACAAGACAUUUAAUGAUCACUAUUUGAAUGUUCCAUUUGACCUCUCUAAGGUGAUUUUUGUGGCAACUGCAAAUAGGGCACAGCCUAUUCCUCCUCCACUCUUAGACAGGAUGGAAGUCAUUGAGCUCCCUGGGUAUACACCUGAAGAAAAGCUUAGAAUAGCCAUGCGACAUUUGAUUCCAAGAGUUUUGGACCAGCAUGGAUUGGGCUCUGAGUUCCUUCAAAUUCCAGAGGCUAUGGUGAAACUGGUCAUCCAGAGGUACACUAGGGAGGCUGGUGUCCGGAACCUGGAGAGGAGCUUAGCUGCAUUGGCUCGUGCUGCAGCUGUAAGACUUGCAGAGCAAGAACAAGCUCUUCCAUUGAGCAAAAAUAUGCACCGUUUGGCUUCACCACUAUUGGAGAAUAGGCUUGCUGAUGGAGCUGAAGUGGAAAUGGAAGUCAUUCCAAUGAGUGAUAAUAAUCAUGAGUUAUCAAACUCAUUCAGGGUUGCCUCGGCUUUGGUUGUGGAUGAAGCCAUGCUGGAAAAAGUACUAGGGCCUCCAAGAUUUGAUGAUAAAGAAGCUGCAGAGCGCGUUGCUAGUCCUGGUAUAUCAGUUGGGCUGGUUUGGACUGCCUUUGGUGGAGAGGUUCAGUUUGUAGAGGCUACAGCAAUGGCAGGAAAGGGUGAUUUACAUCUCACUGGGCAACUUGGUGAUGUUAUUAAAGAAUCAGCACAAAUAGCAUUAACAUGGGUACGAGCCAGGGCAACAGAUCUACAGUUUGCAGCUGCUCACGAAAUCAAUCUCCUUGAGGGGCGGGAUAUUCAUAUUCAUUUCCCUGCUGGGGCUGUACCCAAGGAUGGGCCCUCAGCUGGUGUGACACUGGUAACAGCUCUUGUUUCGCUCUUCAGCCGGAAAAGAGUAAGAGCAGAUACAGCAAUGACUGGAGAGAUGACUUUGCGGGGCCUUGUUCUUCCUGUUGGUGGUAUCAAGGAUAAGAUAUUGGCGGCACAUCGUUAUGGUAUCAAAAGAGUAAUAUUACCAGAGAGAAAUUUGAAGGACUUGGUUGAAGUACCGGCAGCUGUGCUUGGGAGUCUUGAGAUUCUACUAGCUAAGCGGAUGGAAGAUGUGUUGGAGCAGGCGUUUGAAGGUGGUUGCCCAUGGAGAAUACACUCAAAGUUAUGACAAGAUCCUCUGGGCGUGAAAAUCAAGCUAAAUCUCUGGUGAUGGGGUGGGUUGUUUGGCUUGUCACCACAUCCACCAGGCAGACAGAUCUCAUUUUAUAGCUGCUGCUGCUGCCUAGCAAACAAAGAUCAAAAUGGUAAGAAGAAGUUCAAAACUGGUUUGUUCCAACAAAGAAGAAAAGAGUUCUCAGCUGAGGCAGAAGGCAACGAAUUAUAUCCAUCCGUCCAAAUAUUAUUCUCCAAUGGGAUAGUUUUCCACUUCCGUCAUCGUCAUCGUCAUCGUCAUCGUCAUCGUAUCUGGCUGUAUUUAUAGUGGGCAGGUAAGCCAGUGUCUCCCUCUGACCUUCUCACCCCCUUCCACUCCCAUUUCCUACCCUCAUUUUGUGUGAUCAUGUAGCAAUUUGUAAAUUUUGUAUUAUUAUUAUUAUUAUUAUUAUUAUUAUUAUUAUUAUUUAAUUGAGAAAGGCAAUGCUAGCUAUUUGAUUUA